AUGCCUAGACAUGUGUUCAAUCGUAUUCGGGAAGGGGUGGUGGCAUACGAUGAUUAUUUCGUGCGCAAGGAGGAUGACUUGGGAAAGGUUGGCUUCUCCUCUUAUCAGAAAUGCACUACAGCUAUUCGGAAGCUUGCAUACAGAAUACUCGGUGAUCUUAUUGGUGACUAUGUACGCAUGAGUGAGUCCACAUGCCUAGAAUUCAUGUACGGGUUCUGCAAGGCUGUGGUAGCAGUGUUUGGCCCGACGUACUUGGGAGAGCCAACUGCUGCAGAUACAACCCGAUUGUUGGUGAUCAAUGCAGAUAGGGGCUUUCUGGGGAUGCUUGGUAGCAUAAAUUUGUUCAAAAGGCUUGCAGAAGGCAACUGCCUAGAGGUCAAUGUUGAGACCAACGGCUACCACUACAGCAAAGGAUACUGCCUAGCUAAUGGUAUCUAUCCUCAGUGGACUACCCUUGUGAAGACAAUCCCCAACCCGAUAGGAGAGAAGAGGCAGAGAUUUGCUCAAGCACAAGAGAGUGCUAGGGAUGUGGAGCGUGCUUUUGGUAUUCUUCAAUCUCGAUGA